CGGAUCACUGGUGAUCAGUAGUAGUACCACAGGGAAUGAAAUAGGGGUACGAGAGUUUGCUGUCACGUCACGUCACGACGAAAACUUUCUUAAAACGUUCGUCUCUACUCCCUCUCCUCCUUCCUCCUCCUCCUUCAUACUUGCCGCCUCUCCUCUUUCAUUUUCUCUGUCUCCUCUCGCUCUCUCUCCCUCCCGCAGAGUCCCGAUCGAUCACACGACAACAUAUGCAGACAAUGGUGGUUCGAAGAACAUGUCUCGCUGUCAGCCCUAGGCUUUCCAUCUCCAUCCUCAUUCUCGUGCUGCUGCUGCUGCUCCUUCUGUUCGCUCCUUCCGCUUCCCAUGGAACUUCAUGGAGGACAGGAGAGAACGCUGCAGACACUGCUCCUUAUUCUUCCGAGAUCAUAGAAGGGAACAGAAAUACGAAGAUGGCAAGAGAUCCGGUCGUCGGAGGUUAUCCAUCGUCGCUUGUCGACGUCGAAGACUCUGCAAGACAGGUCCCCACUGGGCCCGACCCACUCCACCAUCGUCGCAAACCCGUUUCCCCUUAAAAACCAAAACGAACCCAAACAAGACUUCACCUUUUUUCCCUCGCAGAUGGUUAGAAAAUAGCGAGCAGUGAUUAAGAAAGACUUGACCUUUUUCAUCACCCCCAUUUCCUUUCCUUUCCCUUUUCUUGUCUUUUUCUCUUUGGAUCCUCCCCUGUUCCGUGGAUAGAAAACAUGAGCUCGCGCUGCUGUACAGGUGAUCAACUGUUUCUUCUGAUACGAUAUGCUCUGCAUUUUGCACACUGGCCGAAGCUUGCGCGAUGAUGACCAUCAUGGGUUGCUGUUCUUGUAACGAGUUAAGUCACCAUUGCAUCGGAAAGGGAAAAUGUCCAUUGACUGCCACUCCAUUAUUCCCCCCACCCCCCACAGAGAUCUUCUCUGAUGGACAAAGAAUGUUAUCGUGGUUAAUCACAGUUUCUCUCCUGUCCCCUGCUGCCUGACUGUUUUUCUUUAUAUUGCAUCUUCUUCCUUGCUGGUUUGAAAAUUUUUAGGAUUAUGCUUCGGAGAUAGAAGUGCUGAUAUACCGAAAAUGAAAACCGAGGUUCCCUCUUUUUGUUUUGGACGAUGGAAUAUCAGAUUGUAUUUGCACUGUUUCUAAAAUGAUUAAUGAUGGUUG